AUGGAGUUUGCUUUCUCGCACUGGAGCGACCCAUAUAAGCGUGGGGAGCGGAUCUCGGCGCUGUCAGUGGGCUGUCCUGGGAACAGGUGCUCGCUUCUCACCUCCACUCUCUUUAUCCCCCAGGUUGUCCGCAGUCGCCUGGAGAAGAAGGGGAUCGUGGUGCACAACGUGAGGCUGAACGGCUCAGCAGCCAGCCACGUGCUGCACCAGGACAGCGGGCUGGGCUACAAAGACCUCGACCUCAUCUUCGGGGUGGACCUGAAGACGGAAGACGUCUUCCAGCAGGUGAAGGAUGUGGUGAUGGAUUGCCUCCUCGACUUCCUCCCCGAAGGGGUCAACAAAGACAAGAUCACCCCCAUGACGCUGAAGGAAGCCUACGUGCAGAAGCUGGUGAAGGUGUGCAACGAAACCGACCGCUGGAGCCUCAUCUCCCUGUCCAACAACAGCGGGAAGAACGUGGAGCUCAAAUUCGUGGACUCUCUCAGGAGGCAGUUUGAGUUCAGCGUGGAUUCCUUUCAGAUCAUCCUGGAUUCCCUUCUGCUCUUCGGGGAGUGCUCGGAGAACCCCAUGGCCGAGAACUUCCACCCCACGGUCACCGGGGAGAGCAUGUAUGGGGACUUUGAGGAGGCCAUGGAGCACCUGAGGAGCAGAGUCAUCGCCACCCGGAACCCGGAGGAGAUCAGAGGCGGGGGGCUCCUGAAGUACUGCAACCUCCUGGUGAGGGGCUUCAAACCCAAAUCCGAGGUGGAUAUGAAGGCUCUGCAGCGUUACAUGUGCUCCAGGUUUUUCAUAGACUUCUCUGACAUCGGCGAGCAGCAGAGGAAGCUGGAGUGCUACCUGCAGAGCCACUUCGUGGGCAUGGAGGACAAACGUUACGACUACCUGAUGACCCUCCACCGGGUGGUCAAUGAGAGCACGGUCUGCCUCAUGGGACACGAGCGGAGGCAGACCCUGAACCUCAUUGCCACGCUGGCCGUGAGGGUCCUGGCUGAGCAGAACAUCCUCCCCACUGUCACAAAUGUCACCUGCUAUUACCAGCCGGCCCCUUACAUCAGCGAGAUCAACGUCAACUACUACGUGACCCACGUGCAGCCCUUCCUGCCCUGCAACCAAUCCUACCCGACGUGGCUGCCCUGUAACUGAGCUGGGAUGAACUUCAGGGGCUGCCCUCGAGGUAUUCCCUCAUUUUUGGGGAGCCGGGAGUGGGGGCAACCUUCCUAGAACUGCAACAAAAGGAAACUUCACUCUUGCCCCCCAGCGUGUGUUGCUGCUGGGGUGGUCAGAGCCAGGCCUGCAGGCUGUGAUGCGCCGUGCAGUGCUGCAGGAGCUCAGAUGGCAAGAUUUAUUGUAGGCAACGGGGGGGCUGGGGGGGAAGGGGGGUGUGAGGGGAGAU